CGGGGCCUCCAGCGCGUCUGGAGUGGGCCCGCCCCGAGGGGCGUGAGGAAGGGGCGGGGCUGAGGACUUCGGACUCCGUUCCAUAGAGCGCCUCCCACGGAGCCGAGCGUGCAGCCCAAUCUGACCGUGAGCGAGCCAUGACCGCUCUGCUGGGGCUCUGGCCCGAGGUGCAGGACACCUGCACCUCGUUGGGGCUGAUGCUGUCCAUCGUGCUGUUCGUGGCGCUGGCCCGCGUGGUCCUCCGGCAACAGAUGCACAGACCCGUGGCCCACACCUUCGCCUUGGAGUUUCUGGCCACCUUCCAGCUUUGCUGCUGCACCCAUGAGCUGCAACUGCUGAGCGAGCAGGAACCCGCGCACCCCACCUGGCCGCUGACGCUAAUCUACUUCUUCUCGUUGGUGCAUGGCCUGACCCUGGUGGGCACCUUCAGCAAUCCGUGCGGCGUGAUGAUGCAGCUGCUGCUGGGGGAAAUGUCCCCCGAGACAGGGGCGAUGAGGCUGCUGGCUCAGCUGAUUGGUGCCAUGUGCAGCAGGUACAGCGUAGUUGCCCUGUGGAGCCUGGGGCUGACCAGGUAUCACGUCAGCGAAAGGAUCUUCGCUUGCAGGAAUCCCAUCCAAGUCGACUUGCCCAAAGCCGUCAUCAUAGAGGCCAUCUGCUCCUUUAUCUUCCACAGCGCUGUGCUGCACUUCCAGGAGGUCCGAACCCAGCUUCGUAUCCACCUGAUGGCAGCACUCAUCACCUUUUUGGUCUACGCAGGAGGAAGUCAAACAGGAGCUGUAUUUAACCCAGCUUUGGCAUUUUCACUACAUUUCAAGUGUUUUGAUGAAGAAUUCCUUCAAUUUUUUAUAGUAUAUUGGCUGGCUCCUUCUUUAGGUAUAUUGUUGAUGAUUUUGAUGUUCAGCUUUUUCCUUCCAUGGCUGUAUAACAACCAUACAACAAAUAAGAAGGAAUAACUAUUCCAAAAGACUCAGACUAAGUAACAGGACAAUCAAGCUGGAUGUGAUAAAGAUUUGAUCGCCUCAUAUUCAACACACUGGCUGCACUGGAUUCAUCAGUUAGCGUCCUUUAAGGAAGUUGCCUUACAGUUUUCAUCACUGGGACUUAAAAAAAUUACUGUGAAAAUGAGGUAUCCCGUGUUUCUCAGUUAAGACUUAUUCUUUUGAGUGUGUAUUAAGUGCUGCUAGAAAAGAGUCAUUACAUUAAAUAUAAAUCUCAAGUGGUAAUUGUUAAUUUUGAUGAAAAAGAAAUGAGUACAGGGUGAGAAUGGAAAGGAAGGUGAUGGUAGGGCCAGCGUGUGUAUCAAGUGUCUCCUGCAUGAACAGGAUUUUUCACUGAAGGACAACCAGUCAUGCUUAUAGAACUAGAGAGAGGAUACUUUUCAGCCAGUACCUCACACAGUGAUACCAUCAGCAGGGUCAUCUUUCAAUAGGAAAGUUGCUUUUGGAAGUAGAUUAUAUAUCCACUGAUACUCAAGUGCUUUCCUACAUUUUAAAUAUAUGCUAAAAUGUUUUUUUCUAAAUAGUCUCAUUAGCUUUAGGCAAGUUAUUAUUCUUUAAAAGGAUAUAUAAUAAAACAAAGCAUCCGUUCAAGGUCAACAUGUAAGCUUUUCCACAUUCUCAUUUGUUCCUAACAGCUACCUUAUGAAGUAGGUAGGGCAUGUAUUUUUAAUGUUUUACAGAUAACAAAACAGUCUAGAAGGGUUUGCUGCCUUGCCCAAGGUCAAAUACAGCCAAAUACCAUCUUUAGGAUUCUAAUUCAAUACAAAAAAUCUUCUCGGUUGUCGAUAUGACUAAAGGAAAAUUGAGUAUUUUGAAGAAACAUUCAAUAUUUUUAUAGUAUUAAAAUCUGCUUAGGAAUUAACUAGCUUGUUUUUUUUUUAGGUUUAAAGAACCUUCAAAUUUUCCUCUAUUAGAAGCUUUCCUUUGUGGAAUGAGGUCUACUUUAUUAAAAGCUCAGGCCAUAAAAGGUUACGUGUGUUUCUCUUCAAAGGAAAUUUCAUCAUCAGGGUUAGAACUGAUAGUAAAAAUAAUAUGGGGUGAGAUAAGAUCUGUCUGAGUAAUAAUCAAUGAAGCAGCUGAUAAAUUGCCAGGUAACUUAAGUGCUGCUUGGUGAUGAGCUUGUAGAUAGUCAUUCUCUUUACACCUGCAGACUGAGCUGACCUGCUGCAGGCUACCCAGCACGGCAGCUAGUUUGAAGUGCGGACUUUUGACUCUUGAACUUACAAAUACAUACUGUAGUAGUUUCUAUUUUCAAAAGCAGAGUUCAUAAAAUUGUGACAGUGGCUAAAUGCAGUCUCUGACAUGUUUUAUGUGGCCUGCACAGUUACUUUAAAAAAUAAGUAAAAAGCAAGUAUUGUCAGUCUUUUUCACGUACAAGCCACACUUUUCUCUGGAAAAAUAUCAAAAGAUUUGGCAUUACUAGGCCUGAGUUCUGCCAUGGAAAUAACACGAAACAGUGAUUGUUCCCUUUAAAACGGUCCCUUCGCCACUCCGUCUUUCAAACAGGAAGCUGAGUUUCACUUACUGUUUCAUGGCUGGUUUCCUUACAGAUUUUAUUUUUUUCUUCAUGUCUCUCACACAAGGACUCUGAUUUGAGAAAAAUGAGUAUUCAUUUGUUAAAAUGCCCAGCCCUCUAGACUUCACUUGUCAGAAUCUGAGUUUGUGACUUCUGAUGCUGCUGCUUCUUCGGAAGCCCUCUCAAGUGGUAGCUGUUUUCUCUACCACGCGGCUGACAGCACUGGGCCUGGAGGUGGGACAGAUCCACUCUUCUCUGCUCCCAGGUCACCAGACCAUGGCGUCUGCUACCCGGGUACUUCUUAUUGCAGUUACGUGCUGUGCAGUCCCCUCCAUACCUUGUUCCUUUAAGAACGGAUUAAUAGUUCCUUACCCUCUUUCUACAGUACUCGUUGUAUCCAUACAGAUGGUCCUUUCAGUGUCCUGGCCUCUCAGUUCGGUGGCUGAACUGAAAGGCUGUUCAAUGAUUUUCUAUUCUGCCUCAGCUACAACUUUGGUCAUAACCUUGAGCUUGUCAUUACCAAUAACUCAGACUCUCCUGUGACUUCAAACACUCUAUUCUCCAACACUAACCUCUCUUUCCAGCUCAAGAACUCCAUCUCCAAUGAUUCUUUGACCCCCACGGAGAGUCUUUUGUCCACCGAGACCACCAACUUUUCACAGCUUUCAAGUCUUCUCUUCUCCUUAAGCAGCUUAAAUUACAUGCUUGCAUACAAUCAAUCGUGUAACUUCCUUGUUCUUCUGUCUUUUCAUCAUACUCACAUGGCUUAACCACAACUUGAUUAAAUCCAACUGCCUUAUAACACGGCUGCAACUGAAUAUGAAAUAUUAGAAAAAUUGGAGAUAGCCAUCAGACAGUUCUCUCAGAGUUUUGCUGUAAAGGGAAGAAAGUAUGGGCAGUAGCUGAAGGGAGAAAUUGGGUGAAGGAUUUUUUUUACAUGGGAACGAUAUCAGCAUGUUUAUAUGCUGACGGGAAUGAUGCAGUGCAGAGAACAUAACUGAUGAUGUAGGAGAGGGGAGAUUUCCCAGGUCCAUAUGUUAAAUGUUAGUGAAGAUAGAAUCAAGUACACAACAGAGGGCUUGGCCUUCACGAGAGGCACAGACAGCUCACUCACAGUAACAGGCGAGAGGUAAUGUACUGGCACAAGAGCUGGGUAAGCAGUCUGGUGGUAGGAGUUCGAAGUUCAAUUUUCCUCCUCCCCACUUCUUCUGAAGCAUUUUAAUCAGGACUUCGACUCCAUUUCACUAACAUUUUUGCCAAGGCCAUCAGUGACUUCCACGUUGUUAAACCAACUCUUUCCUAUCAGCAGCAUUUGACACAAUUGAUUGCUGUAUCCUGAAAACACUUCACUUGCUUCCAGAGACUCACUACCUUUUCAGUUUCGUUAGUUCUGCCUCUUCCCCCAAACUAUUAGACGUGGUAGUUUCCCAGGGCUCAGUCCUCUGAGCUCUUUUCUAUUUAUACUUACUCCCUUGGUAAUUGUAUCUAGUCUUGUGGCUUUAUAGCAACUAUAUCUAAUGACUGCCAAACUUACAGCUUGUACAACAGCGCUGAACUCCAGACUCAUACCCACCUGUAUAUUUGACACUACUCCUUGGUUGUCUAAACACUCAAGUGGAUACAUGCAGCUCUACUUAAUUUAAACUGCCUAGUUUACCCAUUCUAUUGACGGGUAUGUCUAGUUAUUUACUAUUAGAGCAAUGUUUCAAUACACCUUCCUGUGCACAUCUCCUUAGUACAUGUGUGUCUCUAGGGUAGCAGGCUUUCACACUUUUCAUUACGGCCUACUGGCAAAGUUUGGUCCAAGCCUCCAUCUACUUCCUCUUGCCCAGAUGACUGUAAUAGCUUCCUGUUUCCACUGCCUGAGUGAUCCUAUGAAAACAAUCAAAUCAUGCCACAGCUUUGUAUUUCAGAUAUAAAGGCAUAUAUUCCUUCAGUUAACUGUUAUACGAUUGCAGGUAACUGGUGGUACAAAAUAUUAAUAUGUUGGCCCAAACUGCUUAUGAACCUAUGGGACUUCUACGUUCCACUGACAUCACUGGCCCCAUGUAGCAAUUGUUUGCGAGCUAAUUCACAUGAUUUAAAACCAUAUUGUGGCAAAACUGUACUAGCAUGCUAGGGCUAACUACCGUUAAAUCAUCUUACAUCAUGAAUAAUCUUCCUUGCUUCUAAAAGCAUACAAAGCCCCACUUCUUGUGGAAAUAUUUUCCAGCUUAAGCAUAUACACGUUCAGAUAAUUAUUCUGUAGCUUUACUACUUCUACAAUGUUAAGACCCCAGACUCUAGGCCUCUUCUGUUGGCUGUAGUGGCUUCUUAACUCGCCUCUUCAUCUUUAGUCUACUUCCUUGACAUUCUACUUACUCAAGUUGUUCAGACUUGUCUCCUCAUCUACCACUUCAGUCCCCUGUAUAAGAACCUACAUUGGCUCCCAUAACAAACCCAAACUUCGCCCCUCCCCCUCAUUACAGCACUUAAUGCUCUCAAACUUCCUGUUUCCUAGCCUGAGCACUUUGAAGCAAGGAAUGCAUCUUCUUAAUCUCUAUACCUACCAGCAAAUAACAGACACUCAAAAUAUAUCUUCUGAUUAAAUGAAUUAAAAGCUCCCCUAUCUAUCCAAAUACUUCCCAUUCCAUCAUAAUUUCCGCCCAAUGCAGGUAGUCAAUCUCCUCAAUAGAUACUUACUUCCCCAGUCAGCCUGGUAUCCUCUCAUAGUUGUACUCAAGUCCAUGUUUACUCUAGCCUGAGCCAUUCUUUUAUUAUCAAAGGUGACACAUCUCAAAUUGCAAAAUCACCUCAGGAAAGAUUAAAAAAACAAACAAACCUCAAAUGCCCAAACUUUAAUCCUAUUACUUAAAGAAACUAGUUAAUAGUAAUGUAUACACGUUAGCAGAACAGUUCAAAAAUAAGUCUCUCCUUUUAAAGACAGUUAUGACCUUGGGAAUCAUGAAUGAUUUCUGAACAAAACAGAAAAAGCACAAACUGUUAAAGACAGACUGAUAUACCGGGGGUGCCAAAAAAAUCCAUACACAUUUUAAGCGACUGUGCUCAAGCAGUAGUUCGCCGUUAUCAGAAGUGUCUGG